UUUCCUACAAUGGGAACUUUGACUGGCCUCAACAUAUCAAAUGAGGAUAUACCUUAUGGAGGAAAAAGUUCUUUUUCCCAACUGGAGCACAACAUUGUGGCUGGAUAUCUUAUUACUGCUGGGAUCAUCAGUCUGUUAAGCAACAUUGUUGUUCUUUUAAUGUUUGUGAAGUUUAAGGAACUCCGCACUGCUACCAACUUUAUUAUCAUUAACUUGGCUUUUACUGAUAUCGGAGUGGCUGGCAUUGGUUACCCUAUGUCAGCAGCCUCUGACAUCCAUGGAAGCUGGAAAUUUGGCUACAAUGGCUGCCAGAUUUAUGCAGCUCUCAACAUCUUCUUUGGCAUGGCUAGCAUUGGCCUGUUAACUGUGGUGGCCAUUGACCGAUACCUCACAAUUUGCAGGCCUGAUUUAGGGCAGAAAAUGACAGUACGUUCAUACAAUCUCCUUAUUCUGGCAGCAUGGCUUAAUGCUUUAUUUUGGUCUACUAUGCCUGUAGUGGGCUGGGCUGGCUAUGCUCCAGACCCAACUGGAGCUACAUGCACCAUUAACUGGCGGCAGAAUGAUGCAUCCUUCAUUUCUUACACAAUGACGGUGAUUUGUGUUAACUUUGUCGUCCCUCUGUCCGUCAUGUUUUACUGCUACUACAAUGUGUCUGCCACAGUGAACAGAUACAAGGCAAACAACUGCCUAGAUAACAUUAAUAUUGACUGGUCGGAUCAGAUGGACGUAACAAAGAUGUCCAUUGUGAUGAUCGUAAUGUUCCUCGUGGCCUGGUCUCCAUACUCCAUGGUGUGUCUGUGGGCAUCUUUCGGUGACCCCAGCACAAUCCCUGCGCCCAUGGCCAUCAUCGCCCCUCUUUUUGCCAAGUCGUCCACCUUUUACAACCCCUGCAUAUAUGUUAUUGCUAACAAAAAAUUCCGAAGAGCUAUCAUUGGCAUGAUCCGGUGUCAAAGCAGACAGCGUGUCACCAUUAAUACUCAGGUUCCAAUGACAACAUCUCAACAGCCUCUGGCUCAGUGA